UUUUUGUGUUAAUGUGAAGGAGAACUACUGAUCUCAACGCCGAGGCUUAGUUUAAUACUUUUGCAACAAAAAUAAAACAACAAUUCUAUUCAUAAUUGUGAGCUUAUGAAACAUGGCUCCAACAAUUCAGACACAGGCUCAACGAGAAGAAGGACACAGUCGGCCGUCGUCUCACAGAACGGUCCCAGAGAGGUCCGGAGUGGUUUGUCGAGUGAAGUACUGCAACAGCUUGCCUGACAUCCCGUUCGAUCCCAAGUUCAUCACAUACCCAUUCGAUCAGCACAGGUUCGUGCAGUAUAAAGCCACCUCUCUGGAGAAGCAGCACAAGCACGAGCUGCUCACUGAACCGGACCUCGGCGUCACCAUCGACCUCAUCAACCCAGACACCUACCGCAUCGACCCCAGCAUCCUGCUGGACCCCGCCGAUGAAAAGCUGUUGGAAGAAGACAUUCAGGCUCCGUCCAGUUCGAAGAGGUCCCAGCAGCACGCCAAGGUGGUGCCAUGGAUGAGGAAAACAGAGUACAUCUCCACAGAGUUCAACAGAUACGGCGUCUCCAACGAGAAAGUGGAAGUCAAGAUUGGAGUGUCAGUCAAACAGCAGUUUACGGAGGAGGAGAUCUACAAGGACAGAGACAGCCAGAUUUCUGCUAUCGAGAAGACGUUCGAGGAUGCACAGAAAUCUAUUGCACAGCACUACAGUAAACCCAGAGUCACCCCCGUGGAGAUCCUGCCUGUGUUCCCUGACUUCAAGAUGUGGAUCAACCCAUGCGCUCAGGUCAUAUUUGACUCUGAUCCUGCGCCGAAGGACAUAUCAGGACCUGCAGGAGUGGAGAUGAUGUCUCAGGCCAUGAUCAGAGGUAUGAUGGAUGAGGAAGGAAAUCAGUUUGUGGCCUACUUCCUGCCCAAUGAAGACACGCUUCGCAAACGCAAGAGAGAUUUUGAAGAGGGAAUGGAUUAUAUGCCAGAGGAUCUCUACGAUUACAAGAUAGCGAGGGAGUACAACUGGAACGUGAAGAACAAAGCCAGCAAGGGUUACGAGGAGAACUACUUCUUCAUCUUCAGAGAUGGAGACGGUGUUUACUACAACGAGCUGGAGACCAGAGUGCGUUUGAGCAAGAGGAGAGCCAAAGCUGGAACACAGUCCACCACGAACGCUGUGCUGGUGUGUAAGCACCGAGACAUGAAUGAGAAGGAGCUCGAAGCUCAGGAGGCUCGCAAAGCUCAGCUGGAGAACCAUGAGCCAGAGGACGAGGAGGAAGACAUGGACAUGGAUAAAGACAUGCAGGAUUCAGGUGAUGAGAAAGAGAAAGGCAGCGGGAGCGAGGCGGAGAACUCCGGCAGCGAAUCCGACAGGGAAGACGAGGACCGCGAGCAAAGAGGAGACGACGACGACGAGGAUGAGGAGAGAGGGAAGAGGAGGAGGAAGGCCAGCGGCAGCGGGAGCGAGAGCGGCGAGGAGAGGACCAGGGAGAUGCGGGACGAGGAGGAGAUCUUCGGCAGCGACGACGACAGCGACGACAACGAGCCCAAGAACUCCGCCCGGAGCAGCGGGGACGAGGGCAGCGACAGCGAGGACGACGGCGGGAACAGACGCGGCAGCAGGAGCCGCAGCGCCUCCCCGGCCCACAGCGACCGCAGCAGCGAGCGCUCGGAGACCCGAGCUCAGAGCGGCAGCGGCAGCGACAGGGCCUCGGACUCCAGCGACGCCAGCGACAGCGAAUAAGAUCCACCGUCCCAACGCCGCCACGGCGCCUCGUCUGUGCGCUCGGCUCCAGUCGUGGAACAGUCGGCUGUCGUUGGAGCUGAUACUGGCUCAUGCGGAGCUGCAGUGUGUCGUGUCGCCGUCGCUCCUGCAACCUUCAGUCCUGUCCCACAUAUUCAGGACAGGAUCAUGUAAAAUAUGUUUUUGCUCUUUCAGCCUUUGAUUAACUUCUGAAAUGGAAAAUGGUAAUAAAUUAAAGGUGACAUUUUAU